AUGACUUGUAAUUAUUUUAAAUUAUCUUUGUUUUCUAUUCUAGUGUGUAUAUUAAUAAUUACACAUAAGUUUUCUGGUGAAAAUAUAUGUUAUAAUAAAACAAAUACGGUUGAUAUUAUAAAUACAGGAUAUAAGAGAUUACUCUCCGAAUCACAAGAAACAGAUUUAUUUAAGACCAAUUCAAGAGAAAAUUCACUAACAUACCCAAUAGAUAAUAAAUUAGACGAAAAUGUUACAGAAUAUCAUAAAACAUCAUCUGUAUCUACAUUAAAUGAAGAAAUUCAACAAGAACAAGAUACUCAAACAGAACAGGUAGAGUUGGAAAAUGAGAAUAAUAAUGAAUCAAAUUUACAGAGAUCACAUAAAAAAAUACAUUAUAAAAAAAUUUAUACAAGAAUAUUAUUAUUAUUGCCAUUCCCAGUUUCUAUAUUGUUUUAUAUGGCACAUUCCAUAAAUAAAAAAAAUAAAAAAAAAAAAAAUAAUAAACAAAAUGAAAAAAAUAUCCAUGAAGAUCAACCUUUCGCAUCAGAAAAAAAUAUAGAUGCCAUUUCUGUAUAUUAA